AAACUAUAGUUGAAUUCAUUAGUGUUGAAUAGUGAAUAUUGUUGGUUGUCUCUGUGUAGAAAGUGCUGUAAAGACAGGAUUUAAACCUGGAUCUGUCGACAGGUCAGUGACCUGGAUAGGUACCUAGUGCAAGGCCUAAAAUACAAAAGUAAAGCACGGCACUAAUCUGGGAUUAGGUGCUAAAGGUGUCUUGUUUGCGAGGUUUUGAGAAAACCCGCCGCUAAGAGCUGACGAGCUCGGUGUAGACUCUCCGGAGAGCAAAGCAGGUUUGGGGAAAAGAGAAAAGGCCAAAACAAAAGAUAACACACACACACAUAGCACAGGCUUUCUGGUGCAGAGACUGUCAACAAUAAACUAAGAUAGUCAUGGGCAACAGUAUUUCUAAGAGCAUGCUCAAUAAAAACCCAGUGUGGGUCACUGGACCUAACGUGAAUUAUAUGAGAAAUAAUUAUGGUCCUGAUUCUGUGUCACAAUUGCUGCGGUGGGUGACGGAGUGUGGCUUCCCAGAUGGCGGCAGUUUUAGCUUGAAGCAGUUAGAUUUGCUGAAAGGUAACCUGACCCAAAUGGAAAGAGAUAAUGUUGGGAAGAAGAAAAAGAGCAGGGUAGAAAUAAACUGGACAGCUUUUCACUUGUGGAAGUUAGAGGCUGAAAAAAGGUUUCAAAAAGCACAAUGUACUCCAAAGAGAGCAUCUAUACAAUAUGUACAGAAUACACAAAGUACAAUAAGUAACUCACAAAGUCUCCAGUGUCUUAAGUCUUUUUCAGAUGAUCCUGACCUGGAUGGACCGCCUCCUCGACCACGUCUGGCAGCGGCUGCGUCAUGUCGACAGGUGUGCGCAGAUCCGGAGCCAGCUCGUGUGGAGCCGAAGGAGAGUCCACUGCCUCCACCGAAGGCAGUUAAGGCUGACCCACCCUCUCCACCGAUCGCGGAUCGUACACGCCAGAAAGACAAGCAAAAGGAGACUACGGAUCUUGAACCUGUCAGAGAAGAGGCUUCGAUUCCAGAGGUCAACGAGAAACUUCAGAGUGUGAUUACAAUGCCCAUGGUGGAAGUAGCAGGGCCGGAUGGAGACCCUAUGUUAGUACACCGUCCGUGGACACUAAAGGACAUUGAGCAUGCUCAUGAGCACCUCCCUGACCCGAGAGAAGUGGGGGGGAAAAAGUUUGGUGUGGAGUUGGAACGUUUCUGCAAAGAAUUUCGUCCCACCUCUCUUGAACUAAGGCGCCUGCCGGGAAGAAAACUAGCAUCUGACAUAACGCGGAUUAAGUAUGAAUGGCCGGAUGAAAAUCUGUGCAUGAGACAUCCAGAUCAUGAGAGCGGGAGGAAUGCGACGUACUAUAACUUCGUAACGGAAUUACGUGAAGCGUGUUAUGAAGCUUUUCCAGUGAAGAUGGAUAUGACAAAGAUUGCGCUGUGCAAACAACAGGACAGCGAGACAGCUGCGCAAUAUCUUCAUCGCCUCACGGAAGUACACAACGCGCACAGCGGCCUUACUGCCCCCGAGAAUAUGAGUGAGGGGGUAGUGACCGCAUACGAGGCGCAUUUGAGAAACAGUUUCAUGAAUGGACUGAUUCCGGAAAUAUCUGACAAGGUGAAAAACCUAUGCAUCACGUGGGACACUGGAAAGCUGAGCCUUAUCGAACAACAUGCUCUGCAUGCGGAAAAGCUGCUCACACAAGCCAAGCAAGAUCAGGGAAAAAAGAGAGAAGAACAAACACACAAAGUUCAGCUGACGAUGAUGCAAGCCAUGACGAGAUCUCAUACACAACGGAGAGGGACUUCCACAUAUCGAGGAAGAGGGCGAUAUCGAGGAAGGGGGAGAGGAAGAGGAAGAGCCAGAGGCGGAAAAGAAAAAGGGGGAGAGAGUGGAUGUUUUGUUUGCGGAGGACAAGAUCACUGGGCAAGGGAAUGCCCUAAGAGACAUGAUGAGGAAACUGCAUGACCAUCAACAUCUCAGGUCGAGGAGGUCAGUCCUGAAGGGAUGGGUGAGUCAAAAUCUUUGAUGCUAUGCAAUGAGGAAAUGCUUCAGCUAACUUCUGAUUCCGACUUAAAUUUUAAGGUUUUGAAUGCUAUUGAUUUUCUUGAAAAGAAAUAUACUCCACAAGGCACAUAUGCAAAAUACAGUUUAGAUGCCUACAAGCACAUGCCAGUGCACACAUUGAAUGUAGAAGGGAAAGACAUUUUGUUUUUAGUAGAUUCUGGUGCAGGAAACUCUGUGAUCAAAUUACAUGAGUUGAGUGAGAUGCCAGAAAUGAGUGGUAGAUCCCUGAAUUCAGUUGGAGCGUCUGGGAUUAUCGUGAAAGAAAAAUUUACAGCACCCUUAAGGUGUGUUGAGAAUAACCAACAGUCAUUCACAUUUUCUUUUCUGCUUUCUGAAUGCUGCCCGAUUAAUUUGAUGGGCAGGGAUUUGAUCUGCAAAUUGGGAAUAAACCUAAUUAGCACCCCAAACGGAUUAAAAGUGUGUAGAAGUCAAAUAGGUGAAUUUCAGGGCGUUAAGUGGGACCCCAGACCUCUGUUGUAUGUGUAUGAGUGGGAACUCAGCACCUCUUCUGUGAAUUCAGUGAAUCAAGCACUCUUGGAUAAGGCCUAUGAUGUUACUAACCCUACACGCACACAAUACAUGAACACACAUGAUCUGCACUGCACAGCACACACACACACAGGGCCUGAUGUAGUUUAUGAACAAGAGUGGUUUGAAAUGCAGCCAAAAGCUGAUGUGUUGUUACUGACAAAGUUGUAUUGGGAUAAUUACAGAUGUACUGCAGAAGUGAAUCUUUCUAGUAUAAAUGUGAAGCCGGGGAAGGCCCAUCCGUUCACUAUAGAGAAUUCACACCCACAUGUGUCUUUAUCAAAAGGUGAAACAGAGAAAUGGGAAGAUUUAGGGAUGUGGACAUUAAAAUGUGUGAAAGCUGAUGAUUGGAAACCCAGUUCAGAUCCCACAGUGUUGUACAGCGAGAAAACUAAAUCCUAUUGCAUGCACUUGAAUUGGAUAGCUUUUGUUGACAGAACAGUUGAGAUAAUGCCACAGGCAGACACAGAUGUACUGAAAACAAUGUGGCAGAUGACACACAUUUCUGGGGAAGAUCCCCGAUUACAAGCAGUUCCUAGAGAACUUUGGGCAACAGGGAAAUAUGAUGUAGGUCUGAUCAAAAAUUGUUCACCGGUGCAGAUAACACCUAAAUCGGAUUACAGACCUUGCAAAACUCAGUACCCCUUAAAGCCAGAGGCUAUUAGGGGUAUCACACCAGUGUUUAAUUCACUGCUUGAAUCUGGAGUGAUUGUGCCAUGUGAAACCUCCCCAGUGAGAACACCUAUUUUUCCAGUGAGGAAACCUAGGCCUCUGGGUGACCCAGAGGAGUGGCGUUUUGUCCAAGAUUUGCAAGUAGUGAAUGAUGCAGUAAUUCCAAGAGCUCCAAAUGUGCCAAACCCUCACACAAUCUUGUCUCAGAUUCCACCAGAAAGCAAGUGGUUUUCUGUGGUAGACUUAGCUAAUGCUUUUUUCAGUGUACCAGUUCAUCCAGACAGCCAGUUUUGGUUUGCGUUUUCUUUCAAUGGAAAGCCGUACACUUUUACCAGAUUGUGUCAGGGAUUUUGCGAAUCUCCAACUAUUUACAAUGAAGCUCUUAAAAACAGUCUUGAAUCUCUGACGCUGACCCCAGGGUCAGCAAUUCUUCAAUAUAUGGACGACUGCAUGAUUGCAGCGCCAUCUAAAGAGCAAUGUGAAAAAGACACUAUUGCGUUACUUUGUCAUCUAGCGGAGGAAGGUCACAAGGCGAGCUUAUCAAAGCUGCAGUUUGUAAAACAGCAAGUGAAAUUCUUGGGGCAUCUGAUAUCAGAACAAGGCAAAACUAUUGAGCAGAACAGAGUUGCAGCAAUACAAAACAUUCCAAAGCCUAACACAAAAAAACAACUGAUGUCAUUUCUAGGCAUGUGCUCUUAUUGUAGGACUUUCAUACCAAACUAUGCAGUCCUCGAAGCACCUUUGAGCGCAAUUGCUCAUGGGAAAGGCCUACAGGCCCACAGUGCACUGACUUGGACACCAGAGGCAGAAAAAGCCUUCGUAGAUUUGAAAAUGGCUUUACAAACCACCCCAACAUUAGGGAUUCCAGAUCCAAAUGAAUUGUUUGUACAAACAGUUGAUGAAAAAAGUGGUUGUAUGACAUCAGUGCUAUUACAAAAUCAUGGUGGGAAAAUGAGACCAGUGGCCUACUUCUCUGCUAAAUUGGAUCCAGUAGCGGCAGGCCUGCCAAUGUGUUUAAGAGCAGUAGCAGCAGCUGAGAAAGCGGUUAAUGCUUCUAGAGAUAUUGUGGGAUACAGUGAACUAACUCUUUUGGUCCCACAUGCAGUGUCGCUUCUUCUUCUUGAACAGAAAACAGCACAUAUGUUUGCGGCACGUUGGCUGCGAUAUCACACUAUUUUGCUUGACAUGCCAAAUGUGAAAGUAAAACGCUGUACUGUGUUAAACCCUGCAACUCUUCUCCCUACAGAAGCAGAUGGAGAACCACACAAUUGUGUUGCGGUUGUAAAUGAAAUUUGCAGUCCUAGGUCUGAUUUGCAGGAAACGCCGUUGCAGAAUCCAGAUCUUGAGUUUUUUGUGGAUGGAUCAGCCUUCAGAGAUCAGAAAACAGGCCGCAACUGCGUGGGGUAUGCAGUAGUGACACAACAUGAAACGAUUAAAGCAGAAUCAUUACCAGAGCAUCUCUCUGCGCAGGCAGCCGAAUUGGUUGCUUUAACAACAGCAUGCAGGUUAGCAAGAGACAAAACUGUCACCAUUUAUACUGACAGUAGAUAUGCAUUUGGGGUAGUACAUGAUUUUGGUACAUUGUGGAAAAACAGAGGUUUCCUGACCUCUUCAGGUAAAGCAAUCACGCACAAUGGCCUGAUUUCUGAACUCCUGGAUGCAAUCCUGUUGCCAAAAUCUAUUGCCAUAUGUAAGUGUGAAGCACACACUGGGAAACAUGACCCCAUUUCACAGGGCAAUGCGCAAGCAGAUGCAGCAGCAAAAUCAGCUGCGCAGAAACUGAUUUUUUCGUCAGAGACCGACGAAACUUUGUGUAUGUUGCAAAUAUGUACUCCCACAGCAGAUCUCAAAGAUCUUCAAUCACAGUCUACAGCCCAAGAAAGAGCCACAUGGAGGAAAGCAGGAGGUGUGGUAAGAGAUGGGGUUUGGUACGGCCCUGAUGACAAGCCAUGUUUGCCAAAGAAAUUGUUUCAAUUCUAUGCUAAAUUGGCGCAUGGCCAAGACCAUGCGUCAAAAGGGGGGAUGUAUAACAGUGUCUCCAGAUACUGGCACACUAAGGGCUUUGCAAACUAUUCCCAGAAGUUUUGUGAGAAAUGUAUAGUGUGUGCAACAAACAACAUUGGCCGAGGCAUUAAAGUCUCCCAGAGCGCCCAUCCUCCGCCACAGCGACCAUUUGAACACCUUCAGAUGGACUUUAUUGAACUGACACCCAGUGAAGGCAAAAAAUACUGUUUGGUGAUAGUGGAUAUGUUCUCUAAGUGGGUGGAAGCUUUCCCCACUUCCAAACAGGAUGCAAGUGCAGUAGCUAAAGCACUCCUGUCUGAAAUUAUUCCUCGUUGGGGAAUCCCUGACAAAAUCAGUAGUGACAAUGGGACUCCAUUUGUAAACCAAGCACUUCGACGGGUGGGAGAGUACUUGGGUAUAGAUCUCAGACAACACUGUGCGUACCACCCUGCCAGCGGAGGGGCGGUGGAGCGAGAAAAUGCAGGUGAAGGAAGCACUGCCUAAGGUGACGCAAACAGAUCUGCACAGUCUCAAACCAGGUGACUGGGUGGUGGUGAAGGAUUUCAGGAGGAAAAGCUGGAGAGCCAGGCGGUGGCUGGGACCAUUUCAGGUACUUCUGACCACGCAGACUGCGGUGAAGGUUGCAGAGAGAGCGACGUGGAUUCACGUUAGCCACUGUAAGCGGGUUCCUGAGCCAGAGGAAAAACCAACACCCGACAGCUGCAAAGAGGAAUGAGAAGGGGCAUCAGGGCACACGGUGACGUGCUAGUAACCUCUCCCGUGAGCUCCAACUGACUUUCCACGACGCGUAUAGUGUCUGAGUCAGAAGAAAACCCUGAUACAACGCAGCAGCCGACACCGAGAAGGAGCAGCGUCAUCUGAAGGAGUAACAUCGACACACACACACAUAUGAAUGUAAACACAAAUGUAAAUGAAAUUAAUGAACUGAAAGAGGUAAAUGUGAAAGACACUUACGACAGCAGAUGACGACAGCAUUACACAUUUACGACAGCCAGACUCCCAUACAAACACAAAUAUAAGACCUGACUUCUACAAUCGAUCAACAUUGAUGAGUAAAAGCUCCUGUUAAGAUGAGGAGCCUGUUUGACUAUCACCCAAGAGUUUUAGGGAUCAUUGGCAUCCUUAUGAUCUGCCUGUUAAUUAGAGGGAAUGCAGAAAAGACUUCCACCUUUGGUAGAAGUCGCAGAGACGUGCAUGAAAACACUUAUUGGCAAUUUGCCAACUACACUGCCAAAAUGAUCACAAAUGAGUCUUGUUAUGUGUGUAUGAUUCUCCCCACAGCUGCGAGUAAACACACAAUGAUCCCCAUGAAAAGUAAUGGUAGUGAAUUGAAAGCCAUAGCCCAAUACUGUAGAAAUUCUUACUGCAUGUGGAAGCAGGAUGCUUAUAGAGUCCAGAAUGGCACACAUUUGAGUCUGGUGAUAAAUUCACCGGCCUCCCUGUGGUGUGAAGCUGGAGGUCCUGGGAGGACUGAUUUAACUGGUACCACCAUAUGUCUACGAACUCUAAUGCGUGUGACAAAACGAACAUUCAAAGUAAACCAAACAAGAGUUAACACAUUUGUUGCACAGCCUCCUCCUAAAUUGAACUACACACACUGUUUUGUAGGUACAGGAAACAUACCGUUAGGUAAUAUUGCCAGCCGUAGGUGCACUCAUUUAUAUUACCCAUAUUCUGAUGACGGAACCUGCCCACAGGCAGAGUGUUCCCUCAUUCAUCCAUCUGACACCGGCACAUUACUCAGGGCUGACGACUGGUACUGGGUCUGUGGUAAAAACGUGUAUCUAGCCCUACCCCGUAACUGGGGAGGAGUAUGUACUUUAGCAAGGUUUAGGUAUCCAGGUGUGGUCAUAGCUCACUCACACUCACCAAUAAAGCGACCCAAGAGAGAGGUGUCUUAUAAUGACUUUCCUCCGCCAGAACAUAGACUGAAACCUACACUGAGUAAAUUCUUUGAUUCCUUCUUCCCACAGUAUGGGAUGACUCAGGUUUGGAAUCAACUAGAAGUCACACAUUAUCGGCUUGCCACUUAUAUUAACUCCACUAAUCGGGCAACCGAAGGCAUUAAACAGGAACUCGCGGCCCUUAGAUUGACUGCUACACAAAAUAGAAUGGCCUUAGAUAUUCUAUUAGCUAAAGAGGGAGGUGUAUGUGCCCUGAUUGGAGAUCAAUGUUGCACCUUCAUUCCCUCGAACGAUGACGACCAAGGGUCUAUCUCAGAUGCACUGCAUGAUAUGCACAAAGUAGCAAACCAAAUGAAACGAGACGAACACGGAGAUAAUAGUUGGGGACUUUGGUAUACACUGUUCGGACAGUGGACUCCCUAUCUAUCAAUGAUAAUCCCAGUGAUUGUGGUAUUACUCUUAUUAUGUUUGUUUGGCCCUUGCGUAUACAAAUGCAUUCAUUACAUCAUAAUGUCCAAUCUAACGACCAAACAACUUGUGAAACUAGACGAUAUUGACGAUGACCCUGAAUGGAGUCCUCCGUUCAGCGAUGACUAUUUCACUGAAUUUGCCCAGACUGAUCCAGAAACAGACAAAGGUGAAUACGGACAGUAGAGACU